CAGUUACAGGAGGCCAAACUUCAACUGCGGUUGUGAAAGAGCCUUCAAAACCCUAAACCCUGUCAACAAGGACAAGGAAAGUCAGUGUCUUACAUUUCUCGGUGAUUAAAUUUGUCACCUGCUGAAUUGGGUGACGAAAAGUGAGGACUGAGUAAGGAAAGGGUGUGAGGAGGGGUAAUCUGUGAGCGGUAGUCAAUGAGUAGAUUUCGUUGAAGGAAGUGGUUCUGUGGAUGCUGCUGCAAUGCAGUCCACUAAGAAAAUUUCUCGGAGGAAAAGGCCCAGGGACUUGCAUGAAAGUGUUCAGAAUUUGUCUGAAGGUGUAAGCCCUGGCGGAGAGAAGAAUGCAGGAGAUUCAGAGGGCUUCCAUACGCCUGUACGGGGUAAAAGACGGGACGGCGGCGGGGCAAUUCAUAACAUAGAGGUUUCAGAGAAAAAUGGCGUCAACUCAAAUCAUGAGAGUCAUAGAAUAUCUGCAAAAAAGCAACUUGCAGAAUCGCCAGAACGAAAAAAGAGGAAGAAGCAAAAUGGCUUUGAAGGGAAUUCUCCAAAACAAAGCGGAAUUGAAUCCGAGAAAUCUUCGGCCGGAGUGUCUACAAUGCAGGUUGAUCACGAGGAAUCGAACGGGCAUUGCGAUGGGGGAAUUGGAUCGGCAGCUGUGAAAGCGGAUGUUUCUCCUACCGGGCCCAUCUCCAACCUUGCGCUCGUUCGAAUGCUGCAAAAUACGAAGAUUUCGAAGCCAAGUAAAAUAGAAGCGGCUUAUCGGUUUAUCAAGGAUGAAGGGAAAAUGCUUAGCACGAAAGCUGAUCGGGUCAACGCGAGAGCUCAAAUCAGAAAGGCUGACAGCAUGCCUAUGCCACAGUUUGUAUCCUUUCUUUUCGAAUGGGCACAAAAUGCGAUUCUCUGGUCAUCGAAGCCACAAACAAUUUCCAAAUUGUCAGCUGCCAGUGCAGAAGGAGGUCUUACAACUUGCCCUCCUCAUUUGGAUUACCGCUAUUGGGGCAUUCUGAGCUGGUGUAUCUCAUCUGGGAAUCUUCCCCUAUCCGCAAGUUUGUCACCUGGUCUACUGAGAUCCCUGGAUCAGUACGUUAGAAACGGUGCUUCAGUUGAUGACACGAGUGCUACUGACAGUUCAACAAAAGGGACUUGGAUGAACGAAGAUUCUGUCAGAUCAAUCGAAGUCCUCCUUUUCGCAAACCAGAGAUCAUUCCGACCGGACUUGGAUCACUGGGUUUCGUUAGCUGUCACAGCCUUGGCGAGAUUAAGUUCUUGGAAAACUGUCACCAUUGCUCCUCAUCAUGAAAUCAUUCUCUCGCAUAGAUUAUUUGUUCGUAUUCUCGAAGCUUUUUCUGGGUUCAUUGCCAUCCAUCCAAAUAGGAAGAAGACUUUCGUUAGUUUGGUGGACAACUUGCUAGAGCCCCUACUACUUGCUCAUGGGCUUUUCAACCUGCCUAGUCAUCAACAGCCCCAUUUCCUGUUGACGGGUGAUUUGAUUUUGUGGAAGAACAGGCUUCUGAAAGCCUUGGAGGAGAUUUUGGAGAAGGGUUUAUUUCAUCCUGCGCAUACUGGUUUCUUUCACGGAGUCUGCACUUUUCUUUCCGGCAAGGUUGAUUCCACUUCUGAGAUGAAAGAAGACUUGAAAAAGGGUGGCAGGCCGAGGAAGGGAGAUGAGGAUAAGGAUAUGGUUAGCUACCAGAAAUUGAUGUUUAGAAAGUUGGAUCAAAUAAGGAAAAUGAGGGUGGAAUCAGCUCUGACGGAACUGGGCUGGAUAUUUGAGGCCUACUCUCGAAGUUUGAAAAUACAUCAAGCUGCCGAUGCCCUGGAUUUUUUUGGCGUAAACACUAAAGGAAAGCUGCAAAACUCUUCAAGUAAUGUAAAUACCGAGAAAAUUGUAGAAGUCACAGAGGAGGGAACCGGUAAAGUUGCGGACAGUUCAGCUGGAGGUCCCCGGUCUGUAGAGAAGAAGGAUCAAAACAGGGAAGCACGGUUCACGGUCUUUGCAGAACUCACAGGACCCGUACUGACUGACCUACAAGCUUGUUGGUCAUCUCCCGAAGUGAGCUUCUCUUAUGAGCACCUUUCCACGGCUCAAAUUUUGCUACGUGCAUUUAAUAGUCUUCUGAAGGCAGCGGUGACGGAAGGAACCUACGUGCCCACCGAGGAUAGUGCUAAACACACUCACUUUACAUUUUUGAAGAAGUGUUUCAGUGUCGUGACUGACUUCGGUAAUCUGCUGCCUGUCCUUUUGAAUGGUUCCGAUACGGAUGAGGCAACUUUUGAGGACGGUGAUCGCCAAUCACAGGGAAGCCUUGUUGAAGGAAAUCAGAAUAGACGCAAAUUAAGAUCCUCGAUUGUAUCGUUGCUCAGGGAGAUAAUCGUGGCCACCACACAUCUGCUAGAAAUGGAGUACAGGGUCGCCGAGAAUUUUCUAGAAGAUGUAUGGUUUAUUCUCCUGCAUGGGGCUGCUUUUAAUGAGCCUAGUGUGAAGCAUAAAACGGCUGAUAGAGAAUCAACGGGGACGGCGAGUCAGGCUGCUGUUAGGGUGGCUUGUCAAAUUAUCAGUACAUACAGUGAUCUGCGACAGGUUGAUCGAGCUUUGUUCACACUUUGUGGAACCUUGAGGAAUUUUAUUCAUCCCCCUUCGAAAUUAGCUAGUCAAGAUGGGACGAGCUCACGAUAUGCGCCACGAAAUUUUGGCUCUAAUUUGGGAGCCUCUGGCUUUUUGGUGUGUGCCCAACUCUUUCUUUCAGCUGUAGCAAGAGCAAUGCGCUCAUUACCAGAAGGUCAAGUGGCAGAGUUCAUUAGAUUACUGACGGGUGACUCGCUCGAAAGCAUAACAGCUAUAGAAAACAGUAUGAAGUACAUGCAGGAAGGACUGGAUGGGGCUGAAGAUGGUAGUACGAACACUGCAUUGUUUGAAAUGGGCUUUGUUGAGCUUUACAGCUGCAUGCUGGAGAAUGUAAAUAUCACAGCUACUAACAGUUUGCUAUGCUGCAAAGCAGUAAGCAGCUUUAUGAGGGGUGUAGUUGUUACGAACAUGAGUGAGCUUAUUGAUUCAUGUUUGGACACUGAGAAUUCAAAACAGCGCGGUGCAAGCUCACUUGAUAAUUGUAGAAGAGGAAUGUCAGGGAAGGAAGAGAAAGACGUUGAGGGUUCAUUGAGAACAUGGCAUGUUAUCCUGAAGCUUCGGUUGUUUAUGUCCAGCCGGAGCCUUCAUACACAGUGUCUACGCUUGAUGCCUCCCAAAGCUGUUAGGAAGGCAAAUCUAGCAUUGGGUGGUUAUUUUAUUGACUAUCACAAAUUGGACGUUGAAAACGUGGCCACUUCUUUAAACGCCGGAAUGUUUUUUUCCGCAGUUGGCCGAAGUUCUGUCAAAGUCUCGGACUUUCUGGCUGGACUGAAAGCAAAGGUGAACGACAAUGAGUUGGUAGAAUGUCCAGCGCUGCAAUAUUGUUUAGAUUGCAUUGCGAUUCAGAGUCUUGUUGACCUUGCCAGACACGUCGAAGCUGUAAGCUUUCUCGUCAUGAAGUACGGUGAGAUCUCUCCUAUACUGAACGAAGAACGUGGGGCGAAUCGAAUUUUGAGUGAGGGGAAUGAAGCACCUUCACCGCCUAAAGCUGAGGAUGUGGAUUUUGAGAUCCUGAGAAAAUUGCAGAAGCUUCACAAGUCGAUGAAGCAGGAAAGUCGGAAGCUUGCAAAGACGUUGUUACAAGGACUUCCGCCGAUAUCUGGUGCAUGGCAGCUGGAGUCAUCACUAUUCGCAACCGUAGCAAAUUGGCCGACAGAGAAUGCCAAGGACCAGUCUCGGACUUCGACAACGUGUCCAGAAGGAAAUUGGGAGCAACUAGCUUGGGACCAUGUGGAUGCCACUCUUACCGCAGAGAGUUUACAUGUGCGUAGAUGGCGUCUGCUUUGUCAAACUUUUGACGUGUGGGCGAAAUAUGCAGCUGAUAAGGAUUUGAAGAAGUUUCUGAUCUGUCUACUAGCAUGUUCGGUAAUGACCACGUCUGCGCAUGUGGCCAGUCGCCAGGGAGAUGGUGGGUUACCGAGACCUGAAGUGACUGGUAUGCAGAAAAUCGCAAAUGACCUGCUAAGUAACUCCUUGUUUUUCGAAGAGGAGUCAAUACGCAGGUUCUUCGCGUCCAGCUUUUUGGAGGCACUCAAGAGUUCAGUGUGCUCAGCUUUUGGAAAUUGGCCCUUUGAGUGGUACACUUCUGAUGACUCUCUGGACAAAGAAGUACUCUUCAGGGUUGCAACUGAAUGGUCAGAUUUGGUUGAAGCACAAAUUGGAGAAGAAGAUGAAGAAAAAGACCUCGAAGUCCUUCUUCGGUCUAAGUCUCUGACAAAGAAGAGGAAGAAGUGGAAAUUAGAUUCUUUUGAGCUCAACGUGGAUGCAAUAAGGAACUGUGUUUCUCUGGUAGACCAACUUUCCAUUCUGCCAUCAGGUUAUUUGACAUCCACUGAAGCCAGUCGAUGUGCAUAUGCUCUCCAGUGUCUUGAAAGGUUGCUGGUGCAGAGUAUUCUUCAGGAGCAGCUGACUGCUCUCGACUUACAGCAGGGUCGCCAUAAAACGGUCUCAGGAGAUUUUUCUACUGUUUUCGCGGUUCUUGAAGGUCUGAGCAGCUGUCGCAGUGCACUUUUGGUCUUGACCUCCUCUGGCACGGUGUGUUCUAAUGACAAUGUAUGUACCCUUUUGACGGUUCUCUCUGGGAGUUUUGCGCUGGUUAAGUGGCCGUCACAAUCACUUCACGCAGCCGCAACGUGCUUCGUGGAUGUGGUCGAGCGCAGCAAGUUAUCGGAUAACGAGAAGUUGAACAAGCUGUCCUUGGGAGAGGAGUUGCUCCAUGUUGCACUGAAGAGAACUGCUUCUCUGUUUACCUACAUUUGUGAAGAGAAUCUUCGUUUGGAAGAAGGGAAUGUUCAUGCAGCGUUGAGUGGAGGGGCACUUGCUAGCUCCGACGGUAAAGAACACUCAUCGAAGGUAGCCGCUAAUGGAGAUUGUGCUGUUUUUGUAAAGCACCCAAAUGGUCUGUAUGAACUGCUCAGACUGCAAGCCACGAAGAUUGAUCAACUCGUACAGAAAAGAGGAAAUGUUGAACUAAGUUCUCACUCUGCAACAAUGGAGGCCGCAGGAGGCCGAUGUCUCAGGGAUUUCAAAAGCUGUUAUGCAGGCCUUGCUAUCGCAACAUCCUUGUGCAGCUAUUUCUGGACUUUGGUUAGCUCUGGUGAAAAAUCUGUCAAAGGCAGUCCUGUGCUAGAAAACCGUGUGAUGUUGCUGCUAAAUUCAAGCGGUAACAUUAAUGCUCUCGGACACAUAUUGAUGAGAACGCUGGUCAGGGCCCUGGUACCCGAUGGCUCACAUGCCAUGCUUAUAGUCGGUGAGGCUGAUGUUGACAGAAACUUGCAGUCGACUGAUUCACAUGUUGACGGGAGGCUAGAAGCAAAUAGUGUUCAAGCUAUAAAUGAAGGUGAGGUCAACAUGAAGGAUCAAGACGAAGACGAAGAAGGAUCUGAUGACGAUGACUCUGAAAUAGCUUCGGAUUCCUUAGCACCACCGAAAGAAGAUACCAGGCAUGGAAUUGAGGAGGAAGAUGACGAUGAUGAAGAGCAAAUGGAUGCUAUGCAAGAUGAGGUUGUUCUUAAAGAAGAAGAACAGGAAAAUGUGACAAGUGCUCUAAACUUAGCAGAAGCAGAGUUUUCCAAAAACAGUUCUGUACAAAGAGUGGCACUUAGCACCUUGCUGGAGGGUAGUAGCACGGAAAUGUGUAAUUUAAUUGGCGAGCUUUACCUGGCAGCAGCAGGAUAUCUCAAGUUUGAGGCCUUCAGGUUGUCACGUAGUACGGAUAAAAGCAAGUGUUCAGGAUGUUUGCCUCCAGGUGGAGAUGUCCUUCUUGGAGCUGGAUGCUGGAUUCUACUCAAAGCUGCAGAGCGGAUGCGGUCGGGACAGUGUUCUGGAUUUGGCUGGCUUGUAGGGGUGGUAAAAUAUAUAGAGUCCGUAGAAGCCUUGUUGCCUCACGUUAAAUCAUUCCUCACACCUGCCGCUUUCAACAAGCUCUUUACCAUACACAUAUACCUUCUAGGAUCCCUGUCUCCAGCAGAGAAUGACCAUCGCAGAGAAUCCCAACCUUUAGAUGUCAUAGAUCAACUGGAGCUGUCAACUCCAAUUGAUAUGCUCUCUGAUGGGGUGACAAAAGGUGAAGCAAAAGGAGCUUCGGACUUCGUCCUGAGGGAGGCCGUGAGAUCUUCUCUUGGUUUGUUGAUGAAAACAGCUCCCCGGCACCAUUCGGUUCUAGCACUGCAGGCUAUAACAAGAGCAUUGGUCGGGGCUUCAGAGGACUAUAAAUCAUCAUCUGGGCUCGAGUUAUGUGCAGAUGAGACUGGCAAAGUUGGGAGAGGCGUGGCAGCUGGCGUCCAGUCACUGUCGAUUGCUCUAGAGUCUAUUUCAGGAACAAAGCGCCUGCGGCUACUUGCGAAUCAUUUCAAGGAGUUUUCCGGCGCUAUUUUGAACUUGAUUGAGCGCUUAACGGGCCCAAAGAUGUUCUACGACAACGAGAUUGUGCAUCACGACAAGGCUCCUAGAGAGGGCCAAGUGGGAAUGGUUCAGUCUGGCUCUGUAAUUCUAAGAUGUAUUCAGAUUAUGACUAGCGUGGCGUGUAGAGAGAAUAUAUAUCCAUUAAAAGCCUGCCAUGUUGCAUUGGCUUUGCAUUGCCCUGCAAGGAUUUUUUCGCCUGUCUUUCAAUCUGGGUUGUCAAAACACAGGACGAUCAAAACCUUUCUAGCAUAUGAUCAGUCAGGAGCGACGAAUACGGAAAAAGUUGUAAUGACGAGACUGAGAAUAGGCACGGAUCUAGAGGUGAAGCUGUACGUGGCUUGCUGCCGGCUUCUGUGUGGUCUCAUCAGGCAUCGUCGUAGGGAGAGUGGUCACUGCAUUGCCCUUCUUGGUGACUCCGCACGCGUACUCCUGCAUUGCCUCGAAGCUUCAUACUGGCCUAUGUCCGAUGGGCCCUCUAGACUUUGGAGUACACAAAUGGCUACUUAUUGUGCGACCUGGCUUCGACGAAUUUACGAAGAGAUGGGCGAACACAAGGAAACUCUCGGGAAGUACUGCUGCCACAUCUUGUCAGAUUACCUUUCUGUUCUCUCUGGCCAUGAUACAUACGCGGUUGGUUUGAUGAGAGAGGUUGAAGCAGCUCUUCGACCCGGAGCUUACGUGUUAGUUGAUGCUUGCUCAGCUAAUGAUUUACAGCAGUUACACGCUUCUCUUGGUGAGGGGCCACGACGAAACGCUUUGUUAGCUUUGAGGCGCGAAUACACACAGCAGUUUAAGUACACGGGGAAGGUCUAGUAGCAGCAGGGACUGAAAUUCAAGGUGGGAGUAAACGAUGUUGCAUGUAUUAUUGCUGCGCAUGAGAGAGAGUUAUGCGCAUUUUUGUCACGGAGUUCUUUCUCUACGAGGGCCGAACGUGGAAGCGAAAUAAGUUGUAUAUUGUUGAGACAGGUCCACUUCUGUACAAUGAUAGUGCUUGAAAAUAUAUAUGCGCACAAUUCUAAGCGAUUAUUGUAAACUAAAAUUCUUACGUCCUUUGGGCAGUACAUGAGGCAGUAUGAAUAUGAGUGACCAGUUCA